AUGUCUUCUUCAUCAAAUCCCACACUUAAACUUCAUUUAACUCCCAAUGUUGAUGAUUCGGGUACUGUCAAGUCUCUUUCGGCGAGACUCACUAUUGGCGGCCUCCAAAGAGGCCUCCAGGGAGGCAGCCCAUACAAUUCAGAGGAGCCCAUUUUCUUAUUUACGAAUGAUACCGAUGGUAACUCCGGAGAUGUUAUUGCUAAGAGAGGCAUACGAAUUGAAGACGACAAUGGACCAGUUAACACUUCCGCGAAGAGUUGUGAUGGCUCCUUGGCAGUCUACGCAGAUAGGGACAUACAAGGCGAUGCGUCAAUCCAGUUUAAUACCUAUCCCCAGGAUACAAACCAUAGAAGCGAUAGUGGUCUUCGUCGAGAAAAUGGUGGCCUUGUUGGCAUUGGGACGUUUCUACCCCGUCCCUACACCAAAGGGACAUAUGACAUCACCAUCAGUACCGAUACAACCAGCACAGCCAAGAUAGUCACCUCACUCGGCGAAGGAGCCACUGGAGCUGAAACGACUCUCCAGGAAUGUAUAUUCAUGAUAGGAAAUGUACACAGCUACCCAGCUGAGCAUACAUCGGGCUCAGGCUCCUGCGCAACAUACUGGCUAUCCGACCUGCCGCGUCCUCUUGACGCCGUCAAAGACUUCAGCAACAAUAUGUUCCCUCACCUUUCGAAGUUCUUCAAGGACGAGCACGGAAGUUAUCGCGCCUUUCUUGCCAAAGUCCCAAACGUAGUGGGACGACUUACAGGACAAACCACGACAUCAGUAGUCAAUGUCAUUCGCCAUCAGCCCUUCAACCCUGCAGGUCCGAAAGCCAUGGCCAAAGCUUACAACAAGUUCAACGUACCAAUGCCCUCGGCCCUUGCAUCGACAGUGUCACAAAUAGGCAACGACACCUCCUGCCUAGGCGCAAGCUUGAUCGAGUACGACGCGGACACAGCCUCCGGCUCCGACUGGUCAUUAGUCAGAGUAUUCAACAAGAGCAUGAUAAAGACCUGGGCUCAACUUGAUCCUGAAGACGACGGAACACCAAACGACUGGUUCUCAGAAGGCCUAUCCAACCUAUACACAAUCUACCUCCCGUUUCGCUUCAAGCAACGCAGUCCAGAUUACUUCCGCGCCACCCUCAACGCCAAUCUCACAGCAUACUUUACAAACCCACUCAUCAACACACCUCUAUCUGAGCUGCCCCCAGCUUCAACAACAUGGCACGUGGAAGCGCUUCGCCAGUCCAGAUUCUGCAUAUACAUGAUACGCAUGGACUGCUUCACCCGGCGAGCAAGUGUCGCUCGUGACGCCGGCGUAGAACGACCCAUAGAUGAGAUCGUGGCAGAUAUAAGCGUCCGUCGAAGAAAAGGCGAAAAGGUUCAGGAGAAGGAUUGGUUGAAGUAUAUCGGAGAUUGGAUUGGACAUGAAGAGGCGAAGCGGCAUUUGGAUGAGAUGAAGAGUGGAAAGACGCUUGAUUUGGAGGACAUGAAGACUGCUUUUGGGGGGAUAGAUGCCGUUGAAGGGACGAUGAUGCAAAUGGGCUUCGAUCGAGUGAGCUUGACGAACGGUCUGGUGAGCGGGGUGAUUGAUGGGUCGAAUGCUUCUGUGGCUGGGUUGAAGGACGGUGAUGAGAUUAUGUGGCAUUCACGGGUGGGAGAGUGUGAAGCAGACUGUGGAAAUAAGUUUACGGUGAAAGUACGUCGUGAUGGGGAGGAGAGAGAAAUCGAGUACCUGUCCAGGGAGGACAAGGUAGUUAGGAUGUGGAGGUCUAUCGAGAAAGAGACUUAG